GGCCUAUAUAGGUUAAAUUACUAGACUGUUUGAUCACAUAGGCACAUAUGUGCAGAAAACGUAGGCGUAUUUGAAAAAGCUGUGGAAUGUUGUGAUUGUUUCUGGUGACAAUGAACAAUCGUGUUCACUCGGAAUGCUCGGAUACGUCACCUCGUGCCAAUGGGGGCAACUCCAUCCCAAUGAGAAGAAAACGUGAAGCUACCCACAGGGAAAGGACCUCUGGCGAUGGUCCGGCGACAGAGGAUCGGGCUGUUAGUUCAGAUGUGGGUGAGAACAGCGUUGUAACUAUUAGACAUCAAGCAAAUGUGAAGAUGAAGCAACAAGUUGGCUUGGUUGGCGGCGUAGCCUUCAUAGUGGGCACAAUGAUUGGAUCUGGAAUAUUCAUUUCUCCAAAGAGCGUUCUGAGUGGGACAGGUUCCGUGGCCGCCUCUCUUCUUGUCUGGACUGGCUGUGGAGUUAUCGCCCUUUGUGGGGCCCUAUGUUUCGCCGAGCUAGGGACGAUGAUUCAUAAGUCCGGUGGAGAAUUCUCUUACCUCAAGGAGUCCCUGGGCCCGGUGCCCGCCUUCAUCAGCGUGUGGACCGGCAUAAUCAUGUCCAAGACGUCCUCUCAGGCCAUCAUCGCCCUGAGCUUUGCCCAGUAUGUCCUCACCCCUGUGUUUGACGCGUGCGGCCCGCCUCAACUGCUGCUCAAACUGGUGGCUGCAACCGUUAUUUGUAAGUGUUGCACAUGUCACUUGAACUGGUGGCCGCAAUCGUUGCUAAAUUGGCGUUUUUUCCUGAGCAGUUCUUAUUGGGUCAUUGCAGUGACUGUUGCAAUUGUGAACUGCUAUAGCGCAAAACUAGCGGCUCGGGUUCAAGUUGUGUUCAUGUUAAUAAAAGUCAUCGCUCUUAUUGUCAUCAUCGUCGGAGGGAUUGUAAAACUUGCACAAGGAAACACAGGCUACAUCGCCACGGGCUUCGAAGAUUCCGAAACUAAUCCUUCCGUGAUAGCUUUGGCUUUUUAUGGCGGGCUCUGGGCCUUUGAUGGAUGGAAUUCCUUAAACUAUCUCACUGAAGAACUGGUCAACCCAAACGUGAACCUGCCUCGUGCCAUUUGGAUUGCUCUGCCUCUCGUCAUGGUCAUCUACCUUCUUACAAACAUUUCUUAUUUGACGGUGUUGUCAAAGGACAUCUUACUAGCCUCACCGGCUGUCGCUGUGAGCUGGGGUGACCGAGUACUCGGGUCUGUGUCUACUGUCAUUCCACUGGCUGUGGCUUGUUCCACGUUUGGUGCUCUCAAUGGCUCCUGUUUCACCGGGGGGAGGUUGUUUUAUGUGGCGGCACGGGCGGGGCAUUUCCCCAGCAUACUCUCCUAUGUCCACGUGCACCAGUUAACACCGUGGUGUUCGCUUAUAUUCACAACAGUGAUCUCGCUGAUACUGAUCUUACCUGGGAACAUCAGCAGACUGAUCAACUUCUUCAGCUUCACAGCCUGGAUGAUUAACGGUGCUACUUUCCUGGGGCUAAUCGUGAUGAGGUUCACACGGAAAGACUGGGCCAGGCCAUACAAGGUUCCUGUUGUGAUACCAGCUGUACUUGUUCUUAUCUCUGGGUACCUCGUUGUGGCUCCCAUCGUUCAAGACCCUCAGAUCGAGUUCCUCUACGCAGCCUUAAUUAUCUUUUGCGGACUGAUUUUAUACGUGCCGUUUGUUCACUUCAAGCUCAAACUCGGCUGCAUGGAUUCUCUUAUUACGAGGGCUCAGUUGUUUCUGCAGGUGGCACCGAGUAAAUUUGAACCCUAAAAUCAGUGGCUUUGUCUUAUAAAAUGUAUUAUGGAUUUUAAAGCUAGUGGCUGGUCGGAUAAACUGUUGAUUAGGUUGGCCCUUGAAAACCUUGGAACGAGUCGCUCAUGAAGGAUGAUAACGUUGGUUUUGAUAAACGUGGAACAUGUGGCUUUGUGUGUACUGUAAUUUUAUGUGACCGAUCCCACAAAGCCAUGUCUGACUUAGGUCAGCUUUUAAAACUCCUUCACAGUGCUUACUUUUUGGUACUAAAGUUGAAAAUUGGACACAUUUGUCUUAAGAUAAUAUUGAUGAGGUGGCCAAAAUUUGGUUUCUAAUGCUGAAAAAAUAAGCUUUAAUAUCGUAAUUUCAAAUUUUGACUCGAGUCAGAAGUUGUUUGUAGAAUCGGCAUUUGGAUCCUGGGCUACAGAUGUAAGCUUUAAGCGCUUUCCUUUUAUUUUUUGAUAUGCUUUGUCAUACGCCUUAAUAAUCUUGCAAUGUGCGGUUUGUUAUUUAAACUAAUACUUUCAUAUAACGCACUUUAUUGUUUUUUUUCUGCUUUUUAAUCACUUUAAGCAUUUACAUGAAGAAUGUUAGAAUUACAUGUUAGAAUAAAACCCUAACAGCAAUAAACUGACAAGAGGUCGCAUUUCACCGGUCAGGUGUGAUCAUUUACCAGAUAUCACACUGUCGUCGCUGUUCUGAUUUUAAUUUCUAUGCAGUACCUCUUUAAUAGGGGGUUUUAGAGUUCGAACUAUUUUGUCGUUGAAGGUAAAUAUAGUCCUACUCUAUCACGUGAUUGUGGAAAAUGUUAGGCAACUUAUUCAUAGUUUUGCAGUGAUGUCAUAGCUGCUCUGAGCCAAUCAUCAGCAAGCUCUUUGGUAACGUGACUGCUGGAGGGGCCUCCGUGGCGGAGGCGAUUAAGCACGUUAGCGCGGCGCAGUGACCCAGGAGCCUCUCACCAAUGUGGUGACUGUUAGUUCAAGUCCAGUAUGAUCCCAUCCCCGGCCCUAUGUGGGAAUGUCUUCCAGCAACCAGCAACGGUCGUGGGUUUCCUCCUGGUUCUGCCCGGUUUCCUCGUACAGGAGUUGAAAACACACUGGAAUUUAGCCAGAAGGCAUAGGCAUUGAAGAUGAUUUAAGCAUGAAAAAUGAAACAUAUAAUUUUAGGUAAGAAAUUGUUUUUGUAACCAGAAUGUGUCUAGCCUUCAGACAUGACAGUUUCAAUGCCCUGUGGUACUCUAAACUUUAGGAAUCUGCAAAAAUC